AUGCCGCGACCGCCUGUCCGAAGGCGGCGGCAGAAUAGCUUCAGUCCGAAGAAGCAGAUAAUCACCACGGAAUCAACGCAGGCGCGACAAGUACUGGAAAGGAAGUUGUCAGACAAGCCGGUUGGUAAAAGGCCACAGGACAGCGACGAUAGUGAUGCAUUAGUCACCACUAGAACACCUAGUCGCAAUCGCAAGCGACAAGAAAUCUACGCGUCAGGAGCUGUUGCUAAGGGCGACAAGCCAGGCGGGUAUCCGACCAGAGCACAGAGGAACAGGACUAUGCGCGAGAACACCACAGAGAUUUUGAGCCAAAGGUCGAGAAGUGCGUCAAGAGCUACCUCGGUUGUAUCGGCGACACCGCCAGCAGCACUCGUAGUAGACAAAGAAAAGAGUGCCCAAGAGACGAGAAGCAGGACUACGCCCGAGCUGAGCUCAAAGAAAGAGAAACGAAUACAGGAGAAACCCAUAACUGUUGCCUCAAAUCCUACGCCAAGAGCAGAAGUCUCCGUGCUGGGCAAAAUCAAACCAAGAAAGCGACAGGCUAGUAUCCUACAACUCAUAGAAAAUGAUGCAAACAAUGAAUCAAGCAUAAUAAACAGCGAUGAUGAGGCGCAAUUUUUGCCGGACGAGGUAUCGACUCCAACGGCCCAAAAUCGCAGGUCACUAACAUCGAGCACAUCGAAGGAAUCUACUUCGCUGAAGCGCAAACGUGGCACAGAAGAGCCAGAAACAGCCACUAAUAAAAGACCUUUCUCUUCACCUAGAUCAGCUGAUUCGAAUCAAAUACCUCCACCUUCAAGGUCGCAAAAUCGAAAGUUAAGCAAUGCCGUGGUGCAAUUGAGACAAGAAGACGACAUUAUGGCACCACCUGAGAGCAGUGACGAAGAUGAAGGACCUGACAAGGAGGCUGGCUCUACUAGACCACCACACCGGAGUGAUAAACAGAAGCCGGUAGCUCUCAGCACGCAGCAGUUGCAAAAUCUCAUGCCAUCGAAAAAGCAUCAGCAGCCGCCAAGGCGGAAGCAGCCACCCCGAGCUGAGUUCGAUAUUCCUGCAGACUCGACAGACAACACGGAUGACGAGGUAGACGAAGAAGACCACUCAUCGUUUAUGCCUGCGAGUGCUCGCAAGAAGACCAAGCGUCCUCAACGAGGUACCAAGAAAGCAAUCACAAAAGGGUUGGCAAAUCAGUCCAAACCCAGACCCAAGGACAAGAAAGCAAAGAGUACGAUUGCCCAAACGCCUUCACCGGAUACAACCAUGCGAGUCAAAGCAUCAAACACACCAUUAGCAAUGGCAAACUCAGCAAAAGGCGUAAAGAAGCGAUAUGGUGGUUCCCGGCGCCAAGCUGCUGGAAAGGAAAACCAGCCCAUAUCGUUAUCCGAAGAGCCAUCAGAUAUUGAUGGUGUGCAGAAAUCUAACCCCAUUGGGUCGGAAGUGAGGGCGUGGAACAGGAAAUGGGCAGACAUUGAUGAUUUCGAUCUGGCUUUUGAAGAUGUAUCAAUGUCGACGAGGAGUAGUUCACCGUUGAGGCGAUGA